GUCGGAAGCAGAAGUUCCGGGCACCGGGAUGAAAAGAGGGAACGCAGGUAAGAAGGUAAGACCGGCAGGUCGGGAAACCGUGAGGUGAAGGAAGCCCGAGUUCGGUGUGAGGAGGCUGGAGCGAAAGUGAAGACGCUGAAGAAACGGACAGGUUGGCCAGUUGGAAUCCAGAUUGUGGCUGUGAACUUCCCAGCUGCUGACAGAGAAGUUGGCCACCAUGGAGUCACUGGAGGAGCCUGGAGCAUCCAUGGAUGAGAACUACUUUGUAAACUACACUUUCAAAGAUCGCUCCCACUCAGGCCGAGUGGCUCAGGGCAUCAUGAAGCUGUGUCUGGAGGAAGAGCUCUUUGCCGACGUCACCAUCUCUGUGGAAGGCCGGGAGUUUCAGCUUCACCGGCUGGUCCUGUCUGCUCAGAGCUGCUUCUUCCGAUCCAUGUUCACGUCCAACCUGAAGGAGGCUCACAACCGGGUGAUUGUGCUACAGGACGUCAGCGAGUCUGUUUUCCAGCUGCUGGUGGACUACAUCUACCACGGCACCGUGAAACUCCGGGCAGAUGAGCUGCAGGAAAUUUAUGAGGUGUCAGACAUGUACCAGCUGACAUCUCUUUUUGAGGAAUGUUCUCGGUUUUUGGCCCGCACGGUGCAAGUGGGAAACUGCCUGCAGGUGAUGUGGCUGGCAGACCGGCACAGUGAUCCUGAGCUCUACACUGCUGCCAAGCACUGUGCCAAGACCCACUUGGCCCAGCUGCAAAGCACGGAAGAGUUUCUCCACCUGCCGCACCACCUCCUCACGGACAUCAUCUCAGAUGGAGUUCCAUGUUCCCAGAACCCAACAGAAGCAAUAGAAGCCUGGAUCAAUUUCAAUAAAGAAGAAAGAGAGGCUUUUUCCGAGUCACUCAAGACUAGCUUGAAGGAAAUCGGGGAGAACGUGCACAUUUACCUUAUCGGGAAAGAGUCUUCGCGCACGCACUCCCUAGCCGUGUCCUUGCACUGUGCGGAGGACGACUCCAUCAGCGUCAGUGGCCAGAACAGCCUGUGCCACCAGAUCACAGCAGCCUGCAAGCACGGGGGGGACCUGUACGUGGUGGGCGGCUCCAUCCCACGGCGCAUGUGGAAGUGCAACAAUGCCACGGUGGACUGGGAGUGGUGUGCACCGCUGCCCCGGGACCGGCUGCAGCACACUCUGGUGUCUGUGCCUGGCAAGGACGCCAUCUACUCGCUGGGCGGCAAGACGCUGCAGGAUACCCUCUCCAAUGCUGUCAUCUACUACCGCGUUGGUGACAAUGUGUGGACAGAGACCACCCAGCUGGAGGUGGCAGUGUCGGGGGCCGCUGGUGCCAACCUCAAUGGGAUCAUCUACUUACUUGGGGGUGAGGAGAACGACCUUGACUUCUUCACCAAGCCCUCGCGGCUCAUCCAGUGUUUUGACACUGAGACGGACAAGUGCCACGUGAAGCCGUAUGUGCUGCCCUUUGCAGGCCGCAUGCAUGCAGCUGUACACAAGGACCUAGUGUUCAUCGUGGCAGAGGGGGACUCCCUGGUGUGCUAUAACCCGCUGCUGGACAGCUUCACACGGCUCUGCCUGCCCGAGGCCUGGAGCUCUGCCCCAUCCCUCUGGAAGAUCGCCAGCUGCAAUGGCAGCAUCUACGUUUUCCGGGACCGACACAAGAAGGGGGACACCAACACCUACAAGCUUGACCCCGCCACAUCAGCAGUGACCGUCACCAGGGGCCUCAAGGUGCUGCUCACCAACUUGCAGUUUGUGUUGGCCUAAGGCGGGAUGGGGAAAGCGGCUCCUUUGCCCUCCAUCUUCCACUGCUGUCCUAGGACCCCAAGUCCCUGAGCCCCAGUUCCUAGAACGUGGACUUCUGGACACUUAGGAAGGGAGCACUGAGCCCUGAGCCCCUGUUGAUCUGUUGUGGGCUUUCUUAGACCACUCCCCUACUGACCAUGUGCACCUGGUGGCACCUGUCUGGCCUCUGCCCUGCACCUGACCUCUGCCUCCUGAACCUUGUUAAGCAGAUGAAGCCUUGGUCCUAGUGCAAGAAGGUCCCAGCUCCUCUUUUCCCUGUGGUCGGUGGAUGAGGGCCACAGUUUCCCUUCCAGCUUUAGGUAGGAAAACUUAAGCUGAAGGGGUCCUUCACCAGCAAGGGUCAGCUCUGGGAGUCAGCUGCUCAUUCUAGUGUCUUUUCAUCCAUCAGCAAAAUGGCUUCCAUUUUCUUUUUAGCUCACUCCAAGGGUGAGUGAAAACGGAAUUAUUUCUGACAACAGAAACUGUUUUUCAAACUCAAUAUAUAUGUUAUCUGCCCUUUUCAAGGUUUUAAGCUAACUCAAACUAUACACGUUCAUACAAAUAAAGGUUUUUGAAGGGA